UUUUAAAAAGAUCAGAUAAACUCGGUCAUUGUUAAUGGUCCAAACAGCGUCUCUGUACUGAUGUGUUCUUGGUAAAAUGUGACUAAGUAAAUGUGCUAUGUAGACGUAGAGAUAGACAGGACUCGUAGUGGACGGACUGUUGUUUCAUUUUCUAAGUGGACAGAGUUAAUGGAGAAUAAAAACCUUGGAGACUUGAUCAACCUCCGGAAUGCUUAGAGCGUGCAAAAGACGAGACUUAACCAGCAGAUCUUGCCGGUGACAGUAUUGAGAAUUGUGUCAACAUUCCUCCCAAUCAUCAAUACACCCGUAUCAGCGCUGUCGUUACCGGCUCGAGGUUAUGUGGGAAGACACCGGGUGAUGUUGAUUUGCAAUAAAGAGAAGGUUGGACGGAAUUAGAGAAUUCUCCUCUACAGGAUUUGAUUCGUAUCACAGGGACGUGAAAUACACGGAUACAAUGAGACAUAUUGAUUGUUUUAUCCUACAAGUUUUUAAAACGUGACAAUUUUCUGCAGGAUAUGUUGUUGUGUCAGGAAGUUAGUUCGUUAUCCGCCUGUUUAUAACAGAAAACCAGGUAAAUACAGGUUUUGGACCGAAAUUCCAAUAGCGUUGCCAUGGAUUUUGUUCAAGAGAGACGGUGACUGCAUCAUUCAUACAUACGUGUUGCUUGGUAACCAUUAUCAAUUUCAUCUCACUUCAAUUGCUGAAAAAGUACUUUUCAAUAUAAAGCACAGUUGCUGAAAUUUGGACGCACCCAGUGAAUUUGGGAAAUUGAUUCACGGCAGGUAAAUAUGCCGUGCUUGUCUGAACCCUCUUUUCACGGGACUGUUAUCCGCUGCAGAUUCAUGACGAAAUGCUAGAAGAUGAUAAUACUACAGAAGAACGAGAAAGGCCACCCAAUUCCACUUUGAUGUACAGUAUUUUUGAUGAAAACACCGUCAACUCCACAAUAACCCCUACUUCUCAAACUACUCUCAAUCCGGAAGAGGAGUACCGAUCGGCUGAAGCUCUGUUUUACAACACAUACGACCCUACCUUGGGAUAUAACACUGCGGCAAUCCUCGGAGGUUUACUUCUGUUCAUCCUUAUGUACGUAUUUUACAGGACAAAGAUUCGAAAACCCCUGAUAAGAUUCGUGAAAGAAAAGUUAAGAUGUUUCAGAAAAGAAACCUCUCUCGCAGUCACCAACGACGAAAAUGAGGAAGCGCUCAUAUCUGAAACCGAAGAAAAAAGUCAAGGUGUGGGAUUUAAAAGUUGUAAAAGUGAAAGUGAAUACCAUGAUUCGUUAAAGUCAUAUACGAGCAGAAAGUUUGCGCUCGGUGAUAUUACCCAGCAUUCCGCAGAUGAUGCUCCUCUGGUACCUCAGGUUACAAUCACGGACGAGUCACGUGAUGCUCUACCUAUUGUGUUCCUAGACACGGAUGAUUGCACCGCUGAGUGGGUUCAUAAACAGCAUGAGCUCCUUCAUCCAGGGGGAGUUAUAGUCAAGGUCAAAUCCGACACGAUAUGUCCUCCCACCAGCGAUUUGCUGGAGGAGGGCAAAGGUCGGAAAGUGUGUUGUCCGAACCCCCACUGUAUGUUUAAUCGACAGUUAUCAACAUGUGCCCAUUCUCAAAAUGCGCUGAACCUUAAUAGAAGUAUUCCUAUGUUUGAUUCUCAUCAACUACAGGACCCUUACGAGAGAGUUGGUAAGGACAAAGUUCGUCCAAAACGUCCCCUGUUGGUAAACACAAAGCAUCAUAGCCUCUCAUCAGAGCAUAAGACUCCAUCAAGAACGAGACCCUCUCUACUAACAGCACAACAUCUAAGCGUGUCUUCCGAACCAAAGACUCCUGUCUCAAAAAUCAACUCCAACAACUUCCCAAUGCAUAUCACUCCGAUCAUCAAAAUUCAAAACACAGACAAAAAAGGUUGCCAAAAUGUGAAUGACGGAAGACGAGACUCUGGCAGUAGCUCGUCUUCGGACGACCCUUUGAUUUAUCGUAUAUCUAGUGAAAAGUGGACUCGUUCUCGGUCUCCUCCACGGAGGAGCAUGACGGAGGAGGCAAGGUUCACGUGUUGUAACCACGCCCCUGUGAUCCGCCCCACAAAUGUCAAGCAGCUGAGUAUGGAGGAAGCAUGCCAGUUAGGUCUCCUGAUUCCACAGACUCCCAAGUGCGUCAGUACCUCUCCCUCUUGCCAAAGCAUCUCACAAAUGGAGACACCAUUAUGACGAACAGUUAUGCGUCAACAAGUCUUGUUAUUUUAAGUUAUUAAAUCUACCUGUAGGAUUUUUACUGCCACUGUCAUUUCGUUUCAUACGUUUCAUAAAAAAAAAAAUCCAUA